CUUUGAAUGGGGAGACUGAGCGCGAGCGAGCGAGGCGCGCGCGCACACAUACGCGCACACACAGCCGGGCUCGCUCCGAGAUCCCCGGCCACGUAAGUAACUAUUAAUACCGCCUCGCCCGGGGAUGCGGGCGUGCUGAGCGCCGGGAUUGGCCUAGGGCACCGUGGCCAUCCCCUUUAAUUUUUAAAUACACGGUCCUCUCCUACUUCUGGGUGGCAAGAAAGAAAAGAAAAGAAGACAAGCCGUCGAUUUUUAUUUUUCCUCCAGAACAAGCCCGCCGUGCAAUUUGGUCGCAAGGCAUCGGGAGACAAGAGUGGUUUGCAAAUUGUUCCAAGCCUCAAGACCCAGCUGUGCAGCGGAAAAAGAACGCCGCGGGUUAACAGAGUCCGGGGAGCAUCUGCGGCCAGCUCCUGCAGGACCCCCGGAAAUCUCCUGCCGCUGGUCCCCCCAGGUCACCGCCCGCACUUCUUGCUUCAUCAGAGGAGGAUCUGGGACGUGAGCGGCGACAGCAAGAGCUAGUGCUGACCGCGCGGGCUCAGCUUUGGGCUUUGUCGCGGUACCUGUGCCUGCCCUACUCCGCACUCCCUACUCAGCUUUUGCAAUCUUUUGUUGCCACUGCUGACCGCCCCAAGUUAAAUGCUCCUUUGCUAUUUUGCUUUUUUUUCUGUCCCUUUUUUUUUUUUUUUUUUUGAGAGCGAGAGGGAGAGCUCUGCGAUUUUUUGGAAAAGCCUCAGACGCCAUCUACAGUUAAGACUUAGGUAACUGCCCUCUCUAGCACCCCCUUCCACGCCCCCCACCCUUUCUACCAAAAAGGGGGGGUGCAGCGCGGAUUCUGGCUGCCGCGCGGCGUGAGCCGGUAGACCCGUGCUUAUUUCCUUUUUCUUUUUGUUUGGUUUCUAACGCGUGGAGGGCGAGCCGGCGCCGCACGCUCCCUGAAGACUGCACAAACUCCAGGCAGGGCUCCUCCGCCCGGUCUGCGGAUCCUCAGCUGGGGAUCGCUCAGGAUCCCGGCGCUGCAGCUCCGCACCCCAGAGGCACGCUCACUCGUCCAGAUCCACGCGGCGAACAGAGACCCACUGACUCCAGAGUGCGGUUCUGCACUGCGCUGGCGGCUUCUGGGUAACAAAAGGACCCGAGUUGUCGGCCGAGCGAGCACCCCCGGGAGCGGGGCUCGCAGCCGGGGACCAGCCCUGCGGCGCCCAUCUGGGGGCUAGUUCUUAACUCUCCUCUACGGAGCCCCAGACGGGUCCCCUCCCUUCUUGAUCCUUUUAAGUCUGUGGCACAGAGGCGCCUGCACCCGCGGCUCAUCCAUCUCUCCAGUGGGGUUUUUCUUUUUGGUUUGUUUGUUUUGUCGUGUGCGAUCCCCACACUCAUGAACAUACACAGGUCUACCCCUAUCACAAUAGCGAGAUAUGGGAGAUCGCGGAACAAAACCCAGGAUUUCGAAGAGCUGUCGUCUAUAAGGUCCGCUGAGCCCAGCCAGAGUUUCAGCCCGAACCUUGGCUCUCCGAGCCCGCCCGAGACUCCGAACUUGUCGCAUUGCGUUUCCUGCAUCGGGAAAUACUUACUGUUGGAGCCUCUGGAGGGAGACCACGUUUUCCGCGCUGUGCAUCUGCACAGCGGAGAGGAGCUGGUGUGCAAGGUGUUUGAGAUCAGCUGCUACCAGGAGUCCCUGGCCCCCUGCUUCUGCCUGUCUGCCCAUAGCAACAUCAACCAAAUCACAGAAAUCCUCCUGGGAGAGACCAAAGCCUAUGUGUUCUUCGAGCGGAGCUAUGGAGACAUGCAUUCCUUUGUCCGCACUUGCAAGAAGCUGAGGGAGGAGGAGGCAGCCCGACUGUUCUACCAGAUUGCCUCGGCGGUGGCCCACUGCCAUGAUGGGGGGCUGGUGCUGCGUGACCUCAAGCUGCGGAAAUUUAUCUUCAAGGAUGAAGAGAGUAGGUGUAAACCACAGGCUUGCAAGUGAACAUCAGAAGUAGAUAGACCUUGGACCUAUCAAACAGUCAGAGGCUUGCUAUGCAGCCUUGGCUUGCCUCAAACCUGCAGUGAUCUUUGUGCCUCUGUCUCCUUAGUGCUGAAGUUACAGGCAUGCACCACCAUGACUGUAUGAUGUCUUCUCUGUAGCUAAUUAAAGAUGGUCUAUGUGAAGCCCCCAGCACUCGGCCUUUGCACUUGCUGAUCUUAAAGAUAUCAUUGCCAUCCCUGCUUCCAGCCACUGUCUAAUGGCAUAGAAUUUUAUAAAUCUGAAACUUGGACAUUCAUUUGUUUAUUCAAGGAAUGCUUGCUAAGCACCAGUUAUGUGCUAGACCCUUCUAGAUGCUGAAGACUGUUAUGCCAAUGAGGCUGGUGUCUUGUUUUAAUAGGAUCCACAUGGACCAGAAUGACUCUAUCCUAACUACUGUGCUUAAAUAAACUUACUUCUAUUUAGUUGCCAUAUUUAUUUGUGUUUAUUUACUGUGUGUGUGUGUGUGUGUGUGUGUGUGUAGAUGCAUGCAAGGCUGCACAUGUAUGCAUUCUGGCACAUAGAUGCUGAGGUCAGAGGACAAUUUGUAGGCGUCAGUUCUUUCCUUAUACCAUGCAGAUUCUUUGUUUGUUCGAUUUCAGAUUCUUCUUUGUUCAGUUCAUCAGACUUGACAGAAAGUGCCUUUAACCACUGAAUCAUCUUAUUGGCUCACACAGUCCACAUUUGAAUUAAUGAACUUAAAGCCACUUACCAUAGACUUUGUACAUUUUAAGAACUUGAGGCCCAUUAUUUUCUAGCCAGGUUUCUGACAACUUUGAAGUCAGGGAAGGUAGCUGUACAGUCUAUGCUGUGAAACACAAGGGCAGCUUCAGGUACCAUGCUCCUAGUCAUAUGUGUAAGAUUCUGCCUCUUGAACCUAACUCCCUAGAAAGAAUGUUGUGGCCUAGUUGUCCAGAUGUACACUUAGUGGAGCCAGCACCUAGUGUCUACCUGAAGCUCAGAUUUCCAAGGAAUUUUGACAUUUAUGAAUGGUACCCCAAUUAACCAAAACCACAGGCAGUCCUGUUACUCCAUGGGUGGCUUCCAUUUUUUUCACAGCACUGUAUGAUAGGGACUUAGCAUUUUCAGUAUGUAAUGGUUGUAUCAAUAGUCCCUCACACCCAAGAAUAUACAUAUCAUAAGAAAAAUUCCCUAUCUGUGUUGAUUUGGAGGUAGAAGGGAGUGGAUAGAAACAUUUUUCAAAUGUGCUUUUCUCAGCCCUUGUGGGGUUUUUUAGAGCCGUUGGAAGAGGUCAAUCUGUUUAAAGUUUCUCUGGGCUCCAGACAUAGCUCUUAAGUAUUCUUUAAUGAUCCUAGAUAAAAUGCUGGGGCUGGAGGAUGAGGGACUUAGAUCCGGAAAUCAUAUGCCAUUGCAAAUAUUUAUUAAGUACUUAUUCUGUCUGUGAUGCUAUACAUUGGAAAGGCAAGCAUCAGUAUAAGAAAGCCCAUGAUGGGAAAGAUGGUGGGCUAGGCAAUUCCCUAUUUCAGCCGUAGGAGUGUGGAAGAAAUAGCAACCUGGGGAGACAGGGUGCGGAGAGAGCUGUUGGGGAGAGUGGGGCUCAUCUACAGAAACAGUAAUGAGACUGACAGGUGGCUAGGGCCUUGGAUAUAUUCCCUGAUCUUGUCCUAGACCUGAAACCCACUGACCAACUACUAGAGUCAUAUUUGAAUGGUGGGAGGUGUACAAGCAAAACAACCAGGGAUAGUGAGGCAGGAAGCUAUAUUCUCUACAUCUGAAACACAUCAGCACUAAAGCUAAGAGUAUGACCAGACUUUUUGGUUCUCUGAGCUUCUUGGUUAUGUGCUAAGCCAUCUGCAGGGAUCCCUGGUUUUUGGGCUGCCUGCCAGGCGAAGCAUCUUCUGGCCUAGGCUUAGAGAGGAACUUUCAGGUAGAGACCCAGCCUGAGCAGUAUGAUGUCAACACCACCCUGCAGGCUCACAAGCACUGAUACUGGAGAAGCUUUUCCGAGAUGGGAAUCAAUUGAUUGCUCUGGGGUAGGACACAUCCUUCAGGAGACACUUCUAAGUGCAGGAAGCAAGUGGUGAAUGGGGAAUCAGUGUGGCUUUGUGUUCUAGCUCGGGUUUCCCUGUCUGUUUCCAUGGUGACAAGAGUCAUGAAGCCCUAAGGGCUGCAAGCUGUGGUUUCUGUGGAAUCUUCCAAGCAGUAGAAUGACACUCCAGGUGGAAUGGCUUCCCCUGUGGAUCCAGUGGCCUCAGUGAGUCAGAGGUGCGCCCACAAUGCCAGAGGCUCCAUUGCAAUGGGUGUGUUACUCAGGUGGCUUCCUCAUCCCAGCUACGCCUUGACAGGUCCCCCACCUUUCUCAGCUGCCAGGGUCUCUCCAAUUGUCUUGUGCAUCCAAUAUAUGCAAAACAAGCAGUUGCAGGUUGUGUGUGGGUACAAGAUACUGUAGCUUCGCCUCCCUGGCAUUCCCCUUCCUUUUGACAUCUGUCUUGCACCAUGGAGGGUUUUUCUUGACUCUGUGCCAGCUGCCAUCACUACUCACUGGUGAGCUAUUCCAGACAGGAGAAUCACUGAUACUGGCCCCGGAGCACACAGUUGGUUACUGGAAAAAUCUGUAUAUACACGAAACAAGAUUAAAAGAAGGAUUGGGUAGUGCGAUGUCAUGUAGCAGUGUGGGCCAGGUUUGCGCCAUGUUACCUACAAUGCUGUCCCCAGCCCCCGACACCUUCUGUGACUCACUGUCGUGGGACUCUUUCUUGUACAAUUGACCUGAUUACUGAGGGUACACUUUCAGGAAUAGCAGGUACAGAGUAAGUCCAGCCUGCUGCAGCCGAUCUUUCCUUCUUGGCUCUUGCUCUGCCUGGACCCUGAGGCUGACAACCUUCUCUGACCUCUUCUGCAGCUCUGAAUGAUCUCCUGCAACCGGAUUUCCCGUCCCUGUCAGGCCCACUUUGCUGAACUCCUGGCUGAGCCCCACCCUGUCCUCUCCUCUUCCUGCCAGGAGCUCAGGGUGAGGCUUAAGGGUUUAAAAGCAAAACAUGGUUUGCUGUUGGGGGCUGGGUUCUGUCUCUCUCCUUUCUUCAUUUCUUUGGCUCUUUUCAUUGUCGUAGGUAGGGAAUUGUAUUAGAGGAUAAAAAUAUAUAUAUAUUUUUUGAAUACCAACUCUGCUCUUACUUGCCAGGUAGCAAGUCUCCUCGGCUUUUGGUCUCUUAACCGUUUUCAUUUAGUAAGUAUGUGGAUCAUUCCAUCUCUACACCUCUGUCCACACCAUAACUAUACAUGACAUUUAGUUAACUCAUAGAUGGGUUCAUAUGUCAAUAAGUCAGGUACCGAGUAAAUCUGGAACUGAGCCGUGCCUCCAUCUACUUAACACUACGUCUUUGCAAACUUCUUCAACACCUCUGUUUUUUGAUCAUGGUACCAAGAUGUACUUGGAGGAGACAGUGACAGUAGAAUCUUCAUGACAUGCAUUCAGAGUCAGCUCUUUUCAGUCAGCUGGGUGUGCCUCAGGGUAUUUAAUUCUCCGAGCCUCUGUUUCCUUAUUUGACAUGCAUAGCCUAAUCCUUGCCUUUCGUUUUUGUUAGGAGACACAAAAAGGCAGGCUGUUCAACCCCAGCAUCUGACUAUUCCAGUCCACAGUGUAUGGGUACUACUGCUUUUCAAAUCAUUGCAUUAUGAUUGUGAGGGUGUCCUACAGGAAGCAGUACAGCCUGACAGCUGCAGAAUAAUUAGGAAUAUAGAAGCUAGAAAAGCCCUUUUCAUAUUAGUUAUUUGAUCAUGUUUCACGGGAGAGAAACAAUUGAAAGAGCCUUGGGUUACAUUGCAAACUAGACUUGGUAGUUGGAGGGUCUUUGGGACCUUGUUUUUGAGGGAGGGCACUCUUGCUCCCACAGGUGCCAGGAGAGGAAUCGAAUUCUGCUAGUCCUGGCUCCCCCCACUCAGCUCUGGGCUAUGAUGAUACAGGGCUGUCACUAGGCUGCUAACCCCUGAGUACACAGGCUGUCCUCUUGUGAGCCUUGUUAAUCUGUGAGGUCUAAAGCAAGGCAGCUUGUUACCUUCUUAUGCAAGAGACAGACAGAAGAGGGCCCAGGGAGAUCUAGCUUCCCUGGUCUAGUGCUGUCUGUCCUAGGCUUCUGCCUUCCUUGGAAUUUAUAGUUAUUCAGUCCCCAUUGUCCUUGUCUUCUCCUCCUGCCCAGCAUGUCACUUUCAUAAAUAUGUCUUCUUCAUAAAUCAUCCCUAUCUCCUCCACCCCGAUAAUGGACAUCCUGAGUGUCUGAGAGGCAGGGCUGAGCUGAGCGCGUAACUAAAAGCACGAGCAUCUCAAGCAAGCGUGAACAAGUAUGGCGGUCCCAGUGGAGAGAGGGGCCAGAGCAUCACCUCUGAUUCCACCUGCCCAGGCUUGCAUUCACACAUUCUCCUCUGUCUGCAACACUCAGCUCUGGAGUUGAGAGCCGGAGUCUGUUUUACAUUCGGGUCUGUAUAGUUACCACCAUCCUAUAGGCAGUUCUGCUACACUGGGCUCUCUGGGAUAUCCCGUCUUGAGUUCCUUUAUUUAAUGCUCAGCAAAACAAAGAGGAUGGUUGUGGCCUUAUGUGUCAUGAGCAUAUCCCUGGUGCCUAGUUUGGGAGCUCUAUGGAAGUAAAUGCUCCUGAACGUCUUCUAAAUGCCUGAAUGAUUAGUGGGCUAUUUGAAUCACCAGGUCCACAGAUGCUCUUGUUGGUUUUUAUGGAAAUCAACUUCUUUGCCAGGGAAAUUCAUCAUCCCCCAGACUGUUUAAGAGACUUCAGGAGAAGCCUGUUCAUUCAUAUCUACACUGAUCUCUUGUCUGCAAAGUCCCUUCCCUGUGCUCAGUCCUGGGAAAAGAAGCAGAGACAGCUCCAUUCCCCGAGAGGAGAUAGAGGGUCAUCAGACUUGGAAGCCCUGAGUAGCUCCUGUGGUUGCACAACAGGACCUCAGGCACUGGGGCUGAAGCCCAAGCCUCCUGCCUCACUUCCCUCUGCUCCAGCACAUGGAGAACAUCCCGGAAGAUCAGUGUUUAAAGAUAGAAUCCAGACCACUUGCCUCGACCCUUGUUAGAAGUGAUAUAAACAAGCCUAGGAUGUUCCGGGGAGGAGCAAGGUCAGGGAGAGCCUCUGGGGAUGCAUUUCUUUUCCAUCCUGUCUCCAGGCUGCUCUUCCCCUCUCCUCUGCCCUGCCUUGGAUGCUGAUGCUGUGGAAGGUAGUAAAAGCUUGACUGUGCCUACCUGGAUGAAGCCUUCUGAGUAUCAGUGGCUGAGUUGGCUCAAUGGGAAGAAUGAGCACCCAGCCCCGCUAUGACUGACUUGGCCUCUGGGGCUAGGGCUCCUGGUACACACACACACACACACACACACACACACACACACACACACACACACACACACAUACACACACACACACACAAACCA